AUGUCUCGCCCAACACUUCGCCAUCCGGAGUUUUCACCUAAUAGUAUCCUAGUAAAUACCUCCAGCGACGUGGUAGGUAUCAUUGACUGGCAACAUGCAGUUAUUCUGCCUCUCUGUCUGUGCGCUGGAAUCCCCCAUCAUUUUCAAAAUUGGGGCGAUCCAUUGUCCGAGACAUUAUCUAAGCGAGAGGUCAAGUUGCCUGAAAGUUUUGAUCAACUUAGUCAUGAAGAACAAGAGACUGUUCAAGAGACGAUGUGGAGACGGAUUUUUCACUUUUAUUAUUCUGCGUUGACCAUGAAGUCCUUGCCGGAUCGUUUUGACGCCAUCAGAACCGAGAACGCGAAGCUUUUUCAUCAUGCACAGGCUCCCUGGGAAGGAGACUCCGUCUCGUUGAAGUAUGCCAUGUCCCGGGUCCUCAAAAAUUGGCCUAUGUCCCUGGAUGAAGAAGCACAGACGAGAUCUGUUGAGUGCCCAGUUCAUUUUUGUGAGGAAGAGAUGCAGAAAUGCUCGGAAGAACAUCGCCAAGAACAAGAGAAACUACAGGAACUGAACGAGAUGAGGGAUCUAAUUGGGACAGACGCCCUUGACUGGGUUUCAGAUGAGGAUGAACUUGAACGAUGCAGGUCUGUCAUCCAGAGCAUUAAGGAUUGUUCGAUGGAGCAUUCAAGCACUGAGAUGGAGAAGACAUCGGUCCUCUUCCAUUUCGCUUUCGAUGAUCAUGAAGAGAAUCCGUGA